GGCACCUCCAGUCAGUCAGUCGCUUCACUCUUCAGCUCAACGACCUCCCAGCCUUUCGCUUCAAAGUCCCAGUUCCACCACCGUCAACAUGCACGCCCAAUCCAUCCUCGCCGCCCUUGCGGUUCCUGCCCUCGUCUACGGUGCUGCCAUCCCCCAGGAGUUCCCUGAGAACUGGGAUGAGACUUCCGAGGACAUCGUUGGUGGUGUCACCGCUGCCCAGGGUGACGUGCCUUUCAUCGUCAGCGUUUCGCUGAGCGGUGUUGGCCACUACUGCGGAGGCUCUCUCAUCAACGCCAACACGGUUGUCAGUGCAGCUCACUGCUACCAAGGCGAGACGGCCACUGACUUCAGCGUUCGUGCUGGAUCCCUCAACAAGAACUCCGGCGGUACUACCUCUGCUGUUGCUUCCAUUGUCAUUCACCCGAGCUACAACAGCCGCACUUCGGACAACGACAUUGCCAUUAUCAAGCUCAGGACCCCCAUUGCGACUAGCUCUACCAUUAGCUACGCAUCCCUUGCCGCUUCCGGCCAGGACCCUGCUGCUGGUACCACUCUGACCGUCGCCGGCUGGGGUGCUACUACUCAGGGUGGCGGUAGCCCUACCACGCUCCGCAAGGUCGAUGUGCCCGUUGUUGCGCGCACCACUUGCCGCAGCCGGUACUCCACCAUUGGCCUCUCCGUUACCGACCAGAUGUUCUGCGCUGGUUUCACCGCCGGUGGAAAGGACUCUUGCCAGGGUGACUCUGGCGGCCCCAUCAUCACCUCCUCCAAGCAGCUCGUCGGUAUCGUCUCUUGGGGUGAGGGCUGCGCUCAGCCCAACUUCCCCGGUGUCUACUCCAGGGUUGGCUCUCUUACUUCUUUCAUCUCUGCCAACUUGUAAAAAAGUGCUGAGAUCUAGGAAUUUUUCCUUUCUUUCUUUCUUUUCAACGCUUGAUGGAACGGGUAAUGUUCGCGGAGAAGGGAGGUCUAGGGUUUUUUUUUAGGGUCAUGAAGUAGGAGCUAUGCAUAAUGUCGUUGUCGAUUCUUCUUACUCUUGUGAUGGUGAUAUGCAUGUGUAGCGCUGAGGAAUAACAUAGCUGCGGCCGUGCCACGUUCGAGAAGUACUGUGCGUUAGUUGGCGAUUGGUCCCAUGACUCAAAUUCGAGUAGCAUGGCAUACAUCAGUCUUGACCAGCCUCUGAUGGUUGUAUAAGCCUCUCUUUGUUACAAAGCACACGGGGUAAAGGCAACACGAUCCAAAUCAAAUCUGCUCUCUAUCUACUUGGAUAUUGAUCGGCAGGAUGCA